UCACAGAAAUGUUAUUGCACAAAGGUUAUCAUGCUGUUGGUAGCCUGAUAAGCCCUACUGCUGCUCUGGUACCUGAGAAGGUCCUGUGGGGGCUGAUGCUGAUCCUGUCUGUUGUUAUCUAUGGCUCCCAUGCCCCACUCUUGACUCUCAGCAAAGAGAAUGGCCAGAUCCCAUUCAGUGCCUCCUCUGUGGUGGUUUUGAUUGAGUUAACAAAGUUAGUUUUCUCCUUAGUUUUCCUGCUAAUCUGGGACUGGAGACAACUAAGGAUCUCAGUGUCAUGGUAUCACGCUGCUCCUUUUGCUCUCUCAGCUUUGCUGUAUGCAGCUAACAACAACUUAGUGGUUCAUCUGCAGCUGUUCAUGGAUCCUAGUACAUUUCAGGUGCUAAGCAACUUAAAAAUUGGAAGUACUGCCCUUCUUUUCAGUCUCUUCUUGCACCAAAGACUGACUCUGCGCAAGUGGCUAGCCCUCUCCCUACUGACAGCUGCUGGAGCAUUUUAUACAUAUGGAGGCCUACAGGACCCAGAGCACUUGCGUGCCUCUGACAUGCAGCUGCACAUUACUCCCAUUGGCUUGGUGCUGAUCUUGCUGUAUUGCCUGAUUUCAGGCCUAUCUGCUGUCUAUACUGAAGUCGUAUUGAAGACCCAGGACCUGCCUCUUAACCUUCAAAAUUUGUUUCUUUACCUUUUUGGUGUUAUGCUGAAUAUGAUUAUCCAUCUGGCAAGCAGCUCAGCAGCUGGGUUUCUGGAGGGCUUUUCAUUUUGGAUAUUGUUAGUUAUUAUAAGCCAAGCCUUGAAUGGUUUGAUAAUGUCUGUGGUCAUGAAACACAGUACUAAUAUCACUAGACUUUUUGUGAUCUCCUGCUCCAUUAUGGUUAAUGCUCUGCUCUCUGUCAUCCUCUUUAACGUCCACCUAACCACCUUUUUUUUCCUUUCUGUACUGAUGAUUGGCUUGGCAGUUUACUUGUAUUACGGGGUCAAAUAGCUUUCAUGUUUGUGUCUUCUGGAAGUAACCCUCUGCCCAACAUGUGUUAUCAUGAAAAGAGAAUAAUGGCUGAAAGUAUUUCAGAUCUUUCUUAAAUCUCAUCACAUUUACUUUGGAAUGGCCUAUGCUUUCCUUCAGCCCCUGCUUUCCAUCUCGUAUCUAAUUUUGACUGUGCAGCAACAGAACCUUGGUCAUAAUUUUAAAAGGAGUUAUGGUCCAGAAACACCUGGAAAUGCAGUAUUCCUCUAAAACAAGUUUUGUUUUGUUUUUUAACCAAGGAAAACCUUGUAGAUACUGGAACCAAGUUUUAAGGGAAGAUGUCACCUACAAUAGGAUCUGAUAGGAUGAAAUUGCCUUAUCAACCCACUAAAGCAGCCCACCUCUGCCUAGGGGAUUUUAUCUGGCUUUUCUCUCAGCUCAAAGAAAGCAUGUUUUCAUUGGUUGGACUGUAGCUUAAACCGAAAUAAAUUUCAUAGUAAUCUUAUUGCUAGCUGCCUAACAGGGCAUGGAAGCAGAUUGCUAUAUAAGAGUUCAUUUUCGUGUCUUGCUUGGGGAGGAUGGGCUAUGGGAGAAAAAGAGUCACCUUCUGCACUUCUGGUACAAUCUGUAUGUAGUUUGUUUUGGCUCAUAAGAUGAAGGCAGCAUUUUUGUUUUUGCUCUUGAAUCUUUAAUAUUAAAUAUUUAAUAUGUUCUAAUAAUAACAGAAUGGCAGACUCCUGUACAAUAACUAUCCACUUCUUUAAACCUUGUUGUCUACCUAAUGAAGAAUCUUCGAAGGGGAGGAAUCAUGGUGCUUUCUUGAUGGACUGCAGUAGAAUAAUUUCCCAGGCUUCCACCUAUGUAUAUCUGUGUAUCUGCAGCUUUUUAAAAACAAAGUACAAUAUUGAUUCAGAAAGAGGGCUGUCUGAACAAGGUUACCUGCUAUCCAUUCUCUGUAGGGGAAAUGUUUGGCUUCUGUCAUUCUCUUUCUUGCAGAAUUUCAGUCUAGUGAUCUGAUAAUUGUCAAAGUUGAUAAAGUGCCUUUUGCAGAUUGUAUUCUUGCUUUUCUGUAAUGCCUGUUCCUGAAAGAGGCCACUACUCCCAGACAGAUUAUGACAGAUGUGUUUUUUUAAAACCCACCAAGUGAAUUGUACCCUGCUGUUGCCUAAUGCUUUGCUUUUAUUCCUGUCUGAAAAAAAUUGUCUCAGUUUUCCCUUCUGUCUUGCAUCUGAAUUUGGAGCCUUUCCUGAAUAAGUAGUGCAGCAUAUCCUGUGUGUCAUUUUUUUUCCAGUGGGACUCUGGAAAUUUGUUUUCAUCUUCUGAUUAUUGAAGAUACUAUACUGUGUAAUGCUAUGUCAUUGGUCAAACAACCCUGUCCCAUUUCAAGCUAUGCUGUUCCAUCAGAUUCUGACAUAGGUAGCAUUUCUGCUGUCACCCAGCCAAGAUUUCCCAUUUGCCAUUGCACUUUCCCUAGAGCCAAUACAAGUUUACCUCAGUUAAUAAAGUAGAUGUGUCUCUGAGCAUUACUUCUUUAAUGAAAAAUAUGGUAGAAAAGGUAAUCAAGGUACUGUUAUCACAGGCUUUCUAGUUUUUAAUGGCACAUCAUUUGAGCAAUGUGCUAAAUUGCUGAAACAUAAGUUGAUGUAGCACACCUCUUCAGCAAAAUAAGAGGCACCGUCAAAGUGGAAAUCCAAGAGAUCAAAAUUUUCAGGAUGGAUGAGUAAAUUGAAUGAGGAUUUUAUAUUGUAUUUUGGCAGGAGUGCAUCUGGCCCAAGGAAACUUUUUUUCAAAACUAACAGUAUGCACAUGUAAAAUCAAACAUCCAAGACAGGUGAGCCUUGCAUAAGUAAACAAACGUUCUCUGCCAUCUAGAGACCAUUUGAAGGCUCUUCCCAAAUUAGUCCAGGAAUGACUCACCAGCCUCCACUUUUCUUAAGAUUUCCAUUUUUGUGGCCCUAUAUAUCUCUGCUUUUUAAAAUAUGUUGAUUGUAGCUCAUGAGGCAGGCUCAUCUAUUUCUCAGUUUUGUUCAUGCGUGCUCAGUAAGGGGUUCUAGAGACAGCCUGUUUUAGGUUGGCACACAUGUAAGCAGCAGAAUCUGGUAGAGAAGAAUCCCACUGUUUUCUAGCUCAAGCUUUGUCUGUUGCGUUUACUGUAGGCACACAACCGGAACCCAACACUGAAAGCCUGCGUUUCUCUAGCCUUAUUUCAUUCUCCUCCCAGUGCCAGUGCUGGUUUUCCCGCUAGACUGAGAAGAAAAAAGAUCAAGGGCUCAUCAAGCAUAAAAAAUAUUUGCAAAAAGGAUCUUCGCUGUCAGAGGCUUUGUUAACUGAGGUAUGCCUGUACUGUCACCCUGUGUCAGCUGCUACAACACAAGUGAUUAGAAAUGUUCUCUUUGCUCCUUGCUGUCACUUGCCUUGUUUUAUCUUGCCUGCAGCAUUCUCAAUUACUGAUAAAUUUAAUAAAACAGAAUAAUCACUCAGCUUCUUAUACUCCAAUGCUGGGAACAACAGGAGAGAGGAAAGCUGACAGCAGCGCUAGAUUAGAACUGUGAUAUACAGGAUUCCUGGUUGCAGUUCUACUCUUGGGUGUAUUUGUGGGGAGGUACUGUCCUAUCUGUCGUGAUAACACUUUGAGUAAGUCGGUGAUGAAAUUGUAUACACUCAGGUUCAGCUAGUAUCAGUGCUAUGCAUCAAGUAAUAUCUAAACUGGAAUAAUAUUAAAAUAUUUCCAAGGUUUUUA